UUCACUGUUUUCAUAUUCAACGAUGAUUGAAAACUGCUCUAAAAGGGGCAUUUUCUUUGUAAAUAGUCAUCUAUUAGUGUUAUCCUUGUAUAUUUUAUGUAAUAUYUUAGUCAGUAGUGAUGGAAAACAGCAUUUUGAAGCGGAUUUUUACAACGAAAGUGUGAUUAGCCGGAUAGCGUUUGGGAGUUGCAGCAAUCAGAAUAAACCACAACCCCUAUGGCAGCAUAUAAGUAAUGAAAAACCUGACCUAUGGGUCUGGUUAGGCGAUGCUGUAUAUGCUGAUAAUAAUGUAGCUCCUUUUAUAUGGGCCCCAGCGCCAUUACCAGUAGUYGCACAAAGGUACAAAAMUCAGAAGGAAAAACCAGAAUACAAGUCAUUUCUAAAAACUGGGAUACCUGUGUUGGGUGUUUGGGAUGAUCACGAUUAUGGGAUGGAUCGAGGCGGAAAGCAUUAUGCAAAUCGUCUGCAAUCACAAGGCAUCUUUCUUGACUUCCUUGAUGACCCAAAAAAUAGCUUACGGAGAGACAGAGAGGGAACUUAUGCAUCUUAUCUUUUUGGUCAAGGAGAACAAACUGUCAAGAUCAUUCUAUUAGACACACGGUCACACCUAAUAAGAGGCGCUGGAUGCGAUAUACUUGGUGMACAGCAGUGGGCGUGGUUAGAGCGUCAACUGAGUGACAAGGAUGCACCUUCAUUAACAUUGAUUGGUAGUGGYAUYCAAGUUUUGUCAGACUUGCCUGUGAUUGACAAAUGGUUGGGAUGCCCUGAGAGUUAUGAUAGACUSAUGUGGAUGUUGCAAAAAACACCAAGGGUUAUGCUCCUAAGUGGGGAUGUUCAUUUUGGUGAAUUCCAAUGCCUUAAUGCAACAAGCACAGGGUACCCAUUGUAUGAAGUUACAUCAAGUGGAAUGACUAGUGUUUGUGUAUCUUUGACCUCAAAAAAAUUCUGCAACUGGCUUUUGAAUGAUGUUGCUGUAUCAUCAGUACGCUUCAAAGAUGUCAUAACUGAACUGAAUUAUGGGAUGAUCAACAUUGAUUGGACCUAUAAACCAGCUAAAGUGUCUUUAGAAAUAAGAGGAAAGAAAGGAGUGUACUUACAGCAUGCUGUUUCAUUAGAUCAGCUUAGUAMGCAAAGUGACUCACCUCUGUGUCCUAAGRCAGCAAGUCGACCUCCGUUCUUCCCUAAAACAAUGUUUUGGUGUUCUGUGUAUAUAUUAGCUGUUCUAGUUGUAUUUAUUCUUCUUAGGGUCUCAAUUUUUAUCUCUAAAUUUAUACUCAUACAAGUUCUAYUGCCAGCACUUGGKUUGCCUGUGCAUAGCAUGUCGCAUGCCCAGGUUAAACCAAUCAAUGGCAAGGUGAAGAGUGAGUGACAAGCUGUCAGUCAAUCUGAUGGGAAAUAGAAUUGCACAGGAAUCCCAGUACUAGAGUAAUCUGUGGAGGACCUGUAUUUAUACAAACCCAGUAAUGUAACAACAUUUAUUGGUUAAUUUGAAUCAAUAUUAAUUAAUUUUCUAUCCAUAAUUGUAAGUUAUUGACUAAUUAUUUAUCAAUAUGUUGUGCUGAUGGGUUUUUUUGCACUUUAUUUACUGAAUUUAAUUAUUUGUCAAAAUGGUGGGUAUUACAUAUAUCUCAUUAAUUCUUAUAUUAUUGUACGGAAAAAUUUGAUAAUGUAAGUGAUGAAUCAACUCCAGAGGCCACCAUUGACGACCCCAUUGACUAGACGACACAUGAGAAAAGUGAAGAGGGGGGAAAACAGGGUUUUUACAAGCAAAAAUUCAAAAGAAUAAAAUGCAWACAACUGAAAAUAAAGAAAGUCCAUAAUCUGGGAGAAUUUAUAAAAACGUUUAGAWGAAGACUAAUGUCUUCCCUCCRCCAUCACUUUUCUAUAAAUGGUCUGUCCCUWAACUAAAUCAUAUGACAAAUCCAGCCAACUUGGCAGGCUACUAUAAUAAUUAAUUCUAAAUGAUAUCAUUGAUUAUCAAUACAUAUUAAAUAUUAUURUUGAUAAUUAUUUAUUAAUGAUUACAAUUACUAAAUUCUUUAUUGCACAUUAUUUAGUAAGUUAGAUAUUUGCAGAGACAUUCAUACUAAAGAAGUUAGUUUGGAAAAAUAUGAGAAGUACUGGGAUGAUAUGGGAAAAGACUUGGAGCAGGGUUUUGGAUAGUAAGCUAUUUUAAAACAAGACUGAAUUAGAUAUUAUAAAAAAAAUUAUGUACAGUUAACUCCUAAAAACUAUAUAGUUUUUGUGUUUUUAAAUCGAAAAUGAAAACAUUUUAUCGUACAAAAGAUCUAGAAAUCAAAUAUAUAGUCAACUACAAUAUUGUAGAAUGUAACACAACAAUGUAUUAUAAUGACAUCAAAGCAAAAUAUAAAAUGUACAAUAUAUAUCAAAUUUAACGAGUUUUAUAAUAUGUAAUGUAGAGUAAAGGACUACGGUUAACCAGCAUCCUAUGAGAGCCAUUAUUUAUGCUUGAAAAUGAUAAAGGGUAGGUUUACUAGAGUAUUUUACAAUAAAAAGAAAUUGCACCCAAA